ACAUGUCCUAAGUGCAGGAGGCCGGCGGCCAUUUUCUUGUAGACCAGUCCGGCAGCUGAAGAAGCAAUAGGUUUCCUGGCCUUGUAGUGACGUUAGGAGCGGCGGCCAUUUCCCCCUGGUCUGAGCUCCGCCUUCCUUCUAUCAUUCCCACAAGGCAGCAGGAGCAGAGAGCAGCCAUUGCUGUGUCUGGCAGCAGAGAACUGAGUGUUUACUAGGCGUCACAUGAGAAUGAGAUGCGUCACUGAUUCCCUGAGGAUGGGGAACAACAGCAGUCACAUGACUGAGAGGAUACUAAAUCUCACCCUGGAGAUCAUCUACCUGCUGACUGGGGAGGGUUAUACAGUAGUAAAGAAGACACCCGGUGAAUGUGAGACACCCAGCAGCUGCCCCCAUGUGUCAGGAAGACUGAGUAGGACCCAGAGCCCCAUAACGAAGCCUCCACCUCACUCAGUGAUACAUGAGAGGCACAAUGAUCAGAAGAUCCUGGAACUCACCAACAAGCUCAUUCAGCUGCUGACUGGAGAGGAGGGGGAGUAUAUAGAGGAACACGGGGGUCUGUACAAGGACGUGAUGAUGGAGAAUCACCAGCCCUGCACAUCACUGGAUGGGCCCAGUAACAGAGAUACACCAGAGAGAUGUCUCCGUCCUCUGUAUUCCCAGGAUUGUACAGAGGAGAAUCACAGGAUCGCACAGGAGGAUCAGGGUGAAGAUCUUACAAAUAGAAAGGCAGAAGAAGAGACGUAUGUGACUGAUAUAAAGGCAGAAGAUAUAGAGGAAGAAGAAGAGAUGUAUGUGACUGAUAUGAAGGCAGAAGAUAUAGAGGGAGAAGAAGAGACGUAUGUGACUGAUAUGAGGGCAGAAGAUAUAGUGGGAGAAGAAGAGAUGUAUGUGACUGAUAUGAAGGCAGAAGAUAUAGAGGGAGAAGAAGGGACGUAUGUGACUGAUAUAAAGGCAGAAGAUACAGUGGGAGAAGAAGAGACGUAUGUGACUGAUAUGAAGGCAGAAGAUACAGAGGGAGAAGAAGAGACAUAUGUGACUGAUAUGAAGGCAGAAGAUACAGAGGGAGAAGAAGAGACGUAUGUGACUGAUAUAAAGGCAGAAGAUACAGUGGGAGAAGAAGAGACGUAUGUGACUGAUAUGAAGGCAGAAGAUACAGAGGGAGAAGAAGAGACGUAUGUGAUUGAUAUGAAGGCAGAAGAUACAGAGGGAGAAGAAGAGACGUAUGUGACUGAUAUGAAGGCAGAAGAUAUAGAGGGAGAAGAGACGUAUGUGACUGAUAUGAAGGCAGAAGAUACAGAGGGAGAAGAAGAGACGUAUGUGAGGGGUGAUCAGCAGUGUAAGGAGGAGGAAAUCCCUACAGAUAUCAGUACAGCAGAUGGCGGCACAAGCAGGAAUGCCUUGGAGGGAAAUCUUAUAUUGUCUGCAGAUACUGACAUAGAAGAUAACAUCACACAGGAUUCUCCAGGAGACAACCCCGUUAUGCUAAAUAUACAUCCAGUACCUCUCAGCGCAGAUAUAUCAUCUGAUUCCUCUAACUGUGAGGACUGUUCUCCUGAUACCUCAGAUUUUGUUACACAUCGUGUAGCUUAUACACCUGAUAAAGUAUUUCCCUGUUCUGAGUGUGGGAAAUGUUUUACACUGAAACCAAAUCUUGUUGCACAUUUGAGAUGUCACACAGGUGAGAAACCAUUUCCAUGCUCUGAGUGUGGGAAAUGUUUUACAAAUAAAUCCGAUCUUGUUAAACAUCAGAGAAUCCACACAGGUGAGAAGCCAUUUCCAUGCUCCGAGUGUGGGAAAUGUUUUACACACAAAUCAAUUCUUGUUAAACAUCAGAGAAUCCACACAGGUGAGAAGCCAUUUCCAUGCUCUGAGUGUGGGAAAUGUUUUACACAGAAAUCAACUCUAGUUAGACAUCAGAGAAGUCACGCAGGAGAGAAACCAUUUCCCUGUCCUGAGUGUUGGAAAUGUUUUACACGCAAAUCAGUUCUUGUUAAACAUCAGAUAAUCCACACAGGUGAGAAACCAUUUCCAUGCUCUGAGUGUGGGAAAUGUUUUACAACUAAAUACGAGCUUGUUAAACAUCAGAGAAUCCACACAGAUGAGAGGCCUUUUCUAUGCAGUGAGUGUGGGAAAUGUUUUACACUGAAAUCAAAUCUUGUUAGACAUCAGAAAAGUCACACAGAUGAGAGGCCAUUUCCAUGUUCUGAGUGUGGGAAAUGUUUCACACAUAAAUCAGAUCUUGUUCAACAUCAGAGACGUCACACAGGUGAGAAACCAUUUCCAUGCUCAGAGUGUGGGAAAUGUUUUACAGUGAAACAAAAUCUUGUUGCACAUUUGAGAUGUCACACAGGUGAGAAACCAUUUUCAUGCUCCGAGUGUGGGAAAUGUUUCGCACAUAAAUCAGCUCUAAUUUUACAUCAGAGACGUCACACAGGUGAGCAACCAUUUCCGUGCUCUGAGUGUGGAAAAUGUUUCGCACAUAAAUCAGCUCUAGUUUUACAUCAGAGACGUCACACAGGUGAGCAACCAUUUCCGUGCUCUGAGUGUGGGAAAUGUUUCGCACAUAAAUCAGCUCUAGUUAUACAUCAGAGACGUCACACAGGUGAGCAACCAUUUCCGUGCUCUGAGUGUGGGAAAUGUUUUACAAGCAAAUCAGAUCUACUUAGACAUCAGAGAAGUCACACAGGUGAGAAACCAUUUCCAUGCUCAGAGUGUGGGAAAUGUUUUACACUGAAACAAAAUCUUGUUGCACAUUUUAGAUGUCACACAGGUGAGCAACCAUUUCCGUGCUCUGAGUGUGGGAAAUGUUUUACACACAAAUCAGCUCUUCGUAUACAUCAGAGAAGUCACAAGAGACAAACCAUUUCCAUGUCCUGAGUGUUGGAAAUCUUUUACAUACAAAUCACAUCUUUUUAGACAUCAGCUUUCACACAGUAGAAAAUAAUUACUAUGAGCUGAUACAAAACAGGGUUGUAGCACAGCUCCUGUCACACAGUAUUUGAACAAUGCAAGUUAACCAUCUGCAGACAAUUGGAAUGGAUGUCAUAUAAGACUGGAGUAGAUCACUUGGGUGAAACUAAAGUGUAAUAACAGACCACAUUAUUGUUUUGUAGCAUCUACAUUUUGUGCAUUUCAGUUAAACACGUAACAAUAUAAAAUGCAUUAUAAUUUUUAAAAACAGAUAUUAUGGAAACUCGGAUAAAAUCCAAAUUUUAGUUGUAUUGGAAUGGUGGAUAAAUGGUGACUCACAAACCACAAAGUAGUUCUUGGUGGGUAGAAACAAAUGAAAGAUGCAGCAGACAAGGAGUGUGGUUUGUAUAGUGCAAUAUGUCGUGGAUUGGGAAGCACUUUCUCCACGUCACACAUAUAUACACAUUUUCCCCAUUGGUAAAUAUAGAAACGGGUAAUGUAGGGUGACUGAGGUGGAGAACGGACUUUCCAGGUCUUUCAUUACAGACAGUUCUAGCUGCAAAUCUUACAUUAAAUAAACAAUUUCUAUCUCCUAUGCCGAGAUGUGUCAUAUUAUAUUGCAGAUAUCUUACUUCACUCCUAGAUUAUAAUGUCUUAUAGGUGAUGCACCUACUUCUAGCUGCUAUAAAUGUGGGACACCAU